CCUCCCCUCAGUCAACCCAGCUACGACCGUGAAGAUGCAAACCACUUGAGAAGGAGUUGCACAUAUCAAAACCGAAUAUAAUAGAACUUUUUUUGUUUUAUUCGAACAAAGGCUUAUUGUUUAUUAUCGCUGUUUGACUCAGUUUGUCAACAGGCGGUUCGGGAGGUUCGUGGCGGGAUGAGAGGCGACGAGCGACUGGGGAAGGAACACGCGAGACGGGAGUAAUCCGCGGAGGAACAUGAAGAGCGGCAUGCCUGGGAUAAAAAGCACUUUAUUCCUCUGUUUGCACUAUGUGCUCCAGUACGCGGCACCCCGAGAGGUGACUGUUCCCGAGGGGCCUUUGUACCGUGUGGCCGGUUUUCCCCUGUCCGUGCCCUGCUUCGUCUCCGGCUACGAAGGCCCGCGCAUGCAGGAUUUUGAGUGGUUCCUGUACAAGGACGACUCGAACGGCAAGCAAAUGGGAGUGGUGUCCACCAAAGACAAAGGCUUCCCUUACGCCCCCUUCCUAGGGCGGGUGAGGAACGGGGAGGUGAGGGUGGACCGGGACUCGGGCGACCACGUGCGACUAGUGAUACAGAGGCUACGCACCGACGACCAGGGCAAAUACGAGUGCUACACGCCCAGCACGGACAGCGUCUACCUGGGGUCCUACAGUGGCUCUGUGGUCGUCAAAGUGAUCGACGACACACUCCAGAUCCGCCACAGCCGCUCCCUGACAGGGCAGCCCCUCCCGGAGGGCGCCGAAUUAACUCUGACGUGCUCGGCCAGCAUCAACUCCAAGCAGCUCACCCACCUGUCCGUCACCUUUGGGAAGCGUGACGGCCAAGCGGGUUCGGGUGGCGCGGCGGGGCCGGAGCUCAGCUCCGUACGCGAGAUCAUCUCCAUCGACAAGCUGCUGGGCGUUGUGCCCGGACACAACUACAAGAAGCGCUACGAAGACGGCGACAUUACACUGGAGAAGCGCAACGUAGUGGGCGGCCAGGACCUGUACAUCAUGAAGAUAAAGGUGCUGCAGACGGAAGACACGGGAGCCUAUUUCUGUGAGGCGGCGCAGUGGAUUCGGGACCCGGACGUAUCGUGGCAGAAGAUUGCACACAGGGCGCUGGACAUCGGCAACCUGACUGUUACGCCGCUUUCCGAGUCUCUGAGCGUGACGUCCACACCCCGAGGGGAGGUGACCUUGCAAGUGGGUUCACCUCUCCUCCUGACCUGUGAGGUCAACGGACUGCCUUCCGACGUCAACUCUGGCCUUCAGGUCCAGUGGAUGAAGAGAGGCUCUGCUGGUGGCGAGUUCAUCGGGUCUGGAGGCGUGGAGGUGGAGGUGGCCAAGAUGAGCCCGGAUGGCGUUGUGACCUGGGGCGACGACGUCAGCCGAGCCAGUGGUGGCUCUAUGGAGAAAGUGGCGGAGGCGAGGUACUCCCUGAAGUUGUUCUCGGCCCGGCCCUCCGACUCGGGUGUUUAUCGCUGCGUGGUGAGCGUGUACGCCGGACGCAGGAGCCCCGCUCCGUCUACGCCCGCGACACUCACGCAGAAGUCUGAGGGAGUCACGGUCAAUCUCAAGACCAAAGAUGUUGUCGUAUCAGCGGAGGCCCAGCUGGCCCGAGGCCCUCUGUUGAAACGGGGCAGCACCAUCACGCUCCUCUGCACUGCCACUAUCACCACCACUGGCCCUGCUCAGGCCCAGGUACAGUGGUUCCGAUGGCCCAUCCCGGAGCUGCGUACCAAGUCGCCCGAAAGCCCCACGCCUGAGCCGACCGAACCCAAACUGGUCGCCGCUCUCACGUACGACGGCGUGGUGGAGAUCUACAUCAACGGCAGCGAGGUCAGCAUGGAUCGGCUGUCGCCCGUCCAGUACCGGCUCCGGGUUCACGCCGCCACUGUUGAAGAUCAAGGCAUGUACGCGUGCCACGCUGAGGCCUGGGGGCAGGAUCCGCACGGAGGCUGGUACAACUCGGGGGUCAAGGCUGAGUCCAAUGCUGUCACCGUUUACUUGUAUGCCCGAGUUGCUGACCUCCUCCUCAUCCCCCUGGUGGUCGGCGUGUCGUCCGCCUUGCUGGUGGGCAUUGUCAUCAUUGCCGCGGUGACCUGCUGCUUCAUGAAGCGUCUGGCCAAACAGCGAGUUCGUAGGUAGCCGCCGGGACGCCGUUUCGAGUGGAUGGCCGUUGGGAUGCCAAACCUUUUCUAUUUGUUGUUUUUAUAUGUUUUUUUUUUUAUUUUUUUUUUUUAAACGUGUUACAAAACCACCGGCGCGCUCUCCAUUUGAAGCCAAUCUCCAUGUCCCAUCAGUUGUUGUUUGUGCUUGGGUGACCAGAUGUUGAUUUUCCUCAUGAACUGAAAAUAGUUGCUCUCCAUCCACAUGUUCUUUCCCUAACAAGCCACACGAGCAGCUGAAGACUUGCCUCAACGGGAAACAAAGACACUUUGUUACGAAUGAGAUAGUGACUGGGAGACUUGUCGACAAAUGGAAGCACUACAUUAAAUACGCUCAGCUAAAUCUUGUUUGCAAAGAAGCUAACUCUUCAAAUUCCUUCUUGACGACUCAGAUAAAAAAAAAAAAAAAUUUAAAAAGAAGAAGAAAUGGGACCAAAACCACUUGGUGUAUUUGCUCAAGUAGUGGCUGUUUAUUUGAUGAAAGUGCUCGGUGUUUUUCUGUUUUUUAAACCCAAUUCACAUGGAUACGUUUGGCAGAAAGAGUUUGUCUCUUUGACUUUAUUUCAUUAUUUGUCGUUUGAUUCCGAGUUUUAUUUGUUCCAGAAAAAAAGGAAAAUAGAAAAUCGGGGUUGUAGUACCAGGUUGAAAUAACACCCGCAGGACUAUAUGAUGUGGUUCACUAAAUAUUCUGUAUCAUUUUCUUGAAAGUAUGACUGAGCCUGUAUUAUUUUUUUCUAAAGACACUACUUCAUUCCUAUAUGUAUGCAUUUUUUUCCCAAACAAGACUAAUUUCGACUUCAUUAUCAUAGUAUAAAGGAUUUUUUUCUCUCAAAAAACCCAAAUUUCAUGUCAUGUGACUUUUUCCAUAUUAUCCCAUUUCGUCCAGAGAAUCCCUCUUGAACUAUUUUUCCUCCCCCCAAAUUUUAUACAUAUUUUUGUAUAAAAAGAAACAAUUUUCUUGUAUUAUUAAAAAUACUUUAAACUCCCAAAAGUCUGACUUAAAUCUCAUACAUGUAUAAAAAAAAAAAAAGUGACGUCAUUCUCAGGUACAUCAAGAUCAUUAUUUGUCUAAUUGGUCUUAUCUUUCUUGAUAAAGUGUGACUUUAUUUUUAGAACUUUUCAAAAAUUUAAAUCUCUGAUAUUAUCCCCACAAAAUAGUCGUAUUGUAUUAUUUUUUUUUCUCUCAACUUAAUUUCAUAAAAUGAUGCCAGUUUUCCCCGAAAAGAAAGUUGUCAAAAUAUUGAGUUUCUUUUUCUUAUUCACAUAACGCAUAUUAUUUUCUCAACGCAGCUGAUGUGUACAAGGCCACUAUUUGAGGAAAUAUACUUGUUUCUUUGUGUUUACUUGAUGUUGUCUUUUUUUGUUGUUGUCGUCCUGCAUGGAAAGCCUCUCUGUCGACACUUGAAAACAUGAAGGAUGAAAAUGAGCCUGCAAUGGAGAGAAAAAAAAAAGGUCUUCUCUGCUUGUGCUGUAUAUUUGGCAUCCUCUCUUAAAGCCUGAUUAUAAAUGAUGCUCACGAACAUUUGAGAAAAAAAAAUGCAGCAUCCUGAGCCACUUUGCUCUAGAUCAAACACUCAAAGCUGAUUUUUCACAGCAGCUCCCUCCCUCCCUCCCCCACCCACACUGGCACAGAUGCGUGAGCACGCAUUGCCUGGCUGGACUGUGGGUGAUAAUCCCACUUUGGGAUGGCGCAGCAGAACACGUAAUGCAGCAAACCCUUUGCCUGGUAUGCUACAACUGUCCCUGAAUGGUGCUUUUGAGAAAUAAAACAACCAUAAUGCGUUUGUCAAUUUU